UAUAUACCCAAUAGAUAGUGGACUCACCGCGUCCGAGUCAACACAACCGCUUCAGCGCACCCAUUAUCUUCUUUCCUUCUCCUGUUUCGCUGCUCUGCAACUCCUGCAAUGGUGGCAGCUUCCCUUCUUCUACCUUCUACCUCUUUCAAAAGCUACAGGAUGAAGAAAGUGUGUCAAGACGUUAAGUCAUGCCAUUGGCAGAAAGGCUUCGCCUUUUUCUCUGUUUCUAAUCAGAAACAUAGCUGCUGCAACAACUUCAAGCUCUAUAGGAUACCUGUUCGAUCCUUUGCAAGUCAUUAUGGUUUGCGAACUUUUGCUUCAGUUGGAUCAUUGCAAGCAAAUGUGGUGGGCCAAGGAAAUCGUGUUUCAUCUCCAACCAACUUCCAAAGCAGGUCUGAAGCAUCUUUUGAGGCCACAAGUAAAUCUGUGGAUGAUAUGAAGAAUUUUGAGAGACAGUUGGAGGAGUUAUUUGACGAAGUCAAAAGGAUGAUUAUGAUGGGUAAUAAGAAUGAUGCCAUAGACCUGCUUCAAGCUAAUUAUGAAGCUGUGAAAGAAAGAAUAAAUGCUGGAGCCAGAGGCAUGGAAGAAGCUGCUGUACUUGAUAUCAUAGCCCUGGGAUAUGUGGCAGUGGGAGACUUGAAAGUUGUUGGUAAACUUCUGGAUAUGUUGAAUGAGGUUGUUGACAGUCUGAAGGAUGAUGAACCUCUUCUUGAUCCAGUGCUUGUCCAUAUGGGCAGUAUGUAUUUGACUUUGGGGAAGUUUGAGAAAUCAGUAUUCAUGUAUCAGAGGGCCAUUACUAUUAUGGAGAGCAAAUUCGGCAAAAUGAGUGUAUAUCUUGUGACACCAAUUUUAGGCAUGGCAAAAGUACUUGGUUCUCUUGGAAGAGCUACAAAAGCAGUAGAAUUCUACCAUCGUUCAAUUACGAUUCUGGAAUCAUGCAGAAGUACUGAAAAUGAGGAUUUAAUUGUACCAUUAUUUGGUCUUGGCAAUCUUUUGCUAAAAGAAGGGAAACCUAUGGAGGCAGAAUCUCCUUUUCUAAGGAUCUUGAACAUAUAUACAAAGCUAUAUGGAGAUCAUGACGGAAGAGUUGGAAUGGUUAUGUGUUCACUUGCUCAUGUGAAAUGUGCAAUGGGAAAUGCAAAUGAAGCUAUUCAUUUGUAUAGAAAGGCUCUUCAGGUCAUCAAGGAUUCAAAUUAUGUGGCUCUGGAUGACAGCACAAUGGAGAAGAUGAGGAUAGAUUUGGCUGAAUUGCUUCAUGUUGUUGGAAGAGGAAAAGAAGGUCGGGAGAUUCUUGAGGAAUGCUUGUUAAUAUCUGAGAAGAGUAGAGGGAAAGAGAACCCAAGCUCAGUGACACAUCUAGUUAAUCUUGCUACUUCCUAUUCACGCUCAAAGAAUUAUGCACAGGCUGAGCACUUGCUUCGGACAAGUUUGGAGAUCAUGAAAAAAACAGUGGGGCCUGAUGAUCAAUCCAUCACAUUCCCAAUGUUGCAUCUUGCGGUUAAUCUCUACCAUUUAAGGCGGGAUGAAGAAGCUGAAGAGCUUGCCCUGAAGGCAUUACACAUCCGUGAAAAAGCAUUUGGAAAAGAUUCUCUUCCAGUGGCGGAGGCUCUAGAUUGUUUGGUUUCAAUCCAAACUAGAUUAGAGAAGGAUGAUGAAGUGUUAUUGGAGCAGCUCAAGAGGAUUUUGAGUAUUCAAGAGAAAGAGUUCGGCAUUGAGAGUGAUGAGGUUUUGAUAACCCUGAAAAAAGUUGCAUUUUACUUGGACAAGCUAGGAAGAAGAAACGAGAAGUUCAGUGUGCAGAAAAGAUUGUCUAACCUCAAAAUGAAAUUCAAGCAACAGAUUAAACCUUAAAUUAUAUGUCUCUUCAUUAUUUGGCCUCCUGAAUCUUUUCCUUGAGGCACCGGUGAACAUGGGGUUUGUACCGACUGCGAGUAUUGCAUCAGCAAAGACUCAGCAAAACAGCAUUUGCUUGGAUAAUGCAAAAUUCUCUACUCAAAUGCUGGAGGGUACUUAGGAAACUGCAAACUUGCUCAACAGCAACAGCAUCAGCACUCAUCCAUUUUUUAAGAAUGACGUUGAAAAUGGGAUUGGCGAUGCGGUGGGUCAAUAAAACAAACAUUACAAGUACAAGAAAACUUCUAUGAGAUAUAUAUACUACAAAUACACACAUACAUAUAUGAAUGUGUAUGUAUAUGGGGCUUUGGCUAGAGCAUGGGUUUUUGGUAGAGUGCCAUUUGUCAGGUUGCAAGGGAGUUUCUUUGCAUGAUGAUUUGUAUGUAUAAUUAUGAUGCGACAUGUUUGGGAUAUUUUUUACCCAAAAAUGCUUCUUUAUAAGCAGCAUCACAUGCAAUAGUCCAACAUCAUCAUUUAGGUCGGUUUUUCUCACCCUUUUUUGGAGUCUUCUUGACGUCCAAGUAAUCCUUACUCAACCUUUUUAGUUUU